CGGAACCAGUUGACGUCACAAUCGUGCAGAUUCGGCUGCUUUCGGUGCUCGAUCGUGCUCGAGGUAAUAUGGCUGCCUCCUGCUUUGGACACAUGUGACACAAUUCAGUGCUGCGACUCCUGCACUGUCCUUUCGGAACAUUUUUUAAUUUUUAUUAUUUGUAAACAAUGGUUGCUUGUGCAGUGAAAGGCUGUGAUAAUUCUUAUUGAAAAACGGUAAGAAUCAAAGAACAGAAAGUAAAAUACUUUAGAUUUCCUAAAGAUUCUGAAAUUGCUGCAAGGUGGAUGGAAGUAUGCCGAAGCGAAGUAAAUAUGACGCAUGGAAGGAUAUGUUCUAAGCACUUUGAGAGAUGGUGCUAUGAGAAGCCUAGGCAGCAAAUGGUUUUGAACUAUUCUCCUGCACGUUCACGGAAGUUAAGAUUGGACGCAAUUCCCACAUUAUAUUUAUUCGCGGAUACACAAGUAGCAGAAAGGUUGGAUGUAUCAAUACCGUCAAUACAUACCGAAGACGUACCAUCAACACACACCAAAGACGCACCGUCAACACACAUGGAAGACGCACCGUCAACACACACCGAUGACGCACCAUCAACAUAUACCGACGACGUACUCAAGUUAAUUUGUGAAGCAACAUCGGAGAUUAUUCACGCAGAAUCGAAGGCAACUCCAAAGACAGUAUUGGAGCAAACUGCAGUUAAUGUGAAAGUACUAACGACCUCGGAAGACGUAUCUGCUACUUUAGUAGACCAUCCUGUGAUAAUAAAAAAUUUGCAACAGCAGUUAGCAGAUAUGCAGAAGACUAUUGUUAAACUUGAGACCGAGAAAAAGAUGUUGGCGGAACAGACUAUUCACCGAUCAAAGGAAUUUGCGUUCAACACUCUCAAACGAAUCUUUACGCCGGGGCAGAUCGAAAUGCUCCUACAUCCGGAAAGAAAGUAUGUCAAAUGGUCUUCAGAAGAUAUUGCGAGCGCAAUAUCUUUACGAUGCGUCAGCCCCAAGGCAUACCGCUAUUUACGGAAUGUGAUAAAAUUACCACUUCCUGGAUUUUCAACACUCCGAAGAUGCACCGCAUCUACUAAAACUAUUAAGGAAUCAUUUCCUCGAUGAUGGAUUCAAAAUAAACGGACAAUUGAUACAUAAGAAGUGUAU